UACAUAUACGUUACGGAAAUCUGCCAAAGGUGAUGUCAUUGUUCAUGACCAAAUCUAGGAACGAAAGAGACGAUAUUCAGAAUGUCAGAUGAGGGUGGAACUAAGGAAGAGACAGUAAGAGAGCAAGUAUCAAGUGCUUGGUGUCUUUCAAAGGAAGAAGUGGAGUCACUUGGUAAAGUCGGUAUCUUGGUGGAGUCGGCAUUUGGGUCUGCACGUGACAUUGAAUGGGCAAUCAAUAACGGCAAAAAUUUUCUCCUACAGGCUCGACCAAUAACUACCGAGGACAAACCUACUGAUUACGAGCUAGUGCACGGAUUAGAUAGUGGGUUGUUAACAGAAAAUGAAUAUUUAACUAUAGCGAACGUGGGGGAACGUGGACAGCUUUUGUCAUUGGCAUGUGUGAUCGUGGGUUCUCAAGUAUUUCAAGACAUUGCACACUUGCUUACCACUGAUGGGGUAAAACUUGUUGCAGACUUCUUUCUGGAUGGUCCUGAUGUUCCAAGUUGA